AGCAAAAAAACGGUUUCGUUGGCGGCCCAACCCACAACCUAAAUCUAGGACCUUCCCGUCAUACUGGUUAUCAAGAGCAUCCCGCGUAUCUGCAUCGCAGGGUAUACUCACAAGUAUCGUGAGAACAUCCACAUUCAAUCCUGCGACGUGGAAUUCACAUCCAUAUUGCGGUAAAGAUGCCUGGGCCAAACAAACGGUGGGAAGACGAAGAGGAGUCGGACUCUGCGCCGAACUCGCCAGUCGUCGGUGUCGGGCGCCGCAAGUUCGAUGAUGAAGAGGCAUCAGAUAAUGACGUUCUCGACUCAUGGGACGCCGAAGACUCCGAGGUAGAGCGCGAGAAGGCGAAAAAGGCUGCCGAGGCCAAGGCAAAGGCGGAAGCAGAAGCUGCCGCCGCUAAGAAGAGCAAGGCCCAGCGGAUUGCCGAGCGCCAGGCUGAGCGUGCUAAGGCCAAGGCCGAGGCCGGCGAGGAGAGCGAGGAGGAGACCGAGGCUCAAAGGCGGGAGCGGCUGCGUCGGACAGAGAAGGAGUCCGAUCUGAAGCACGCCGAAGAUCUCUUCGCCGACAUCGGCAUCAGCAGCGGGCGCAAGGGGGCUGCUGCCGGAACCGCUGUGCCCAUCAGUGCGAGCGACCCAAACGCCACAAUCGAUCUGGCCACGCUCCCCAUCUUCAACCCUACGGGCAAGGCGGGCUUCGAGCAGCUGAGCAAGGUUCUCGGCGGCAUCAUUGGGAGCUGUAACAAGAAGCCUCACUACACAGCCUUCGUCCAACAGUUCACCAAGGAGUUGCUGAAGGAUAUGCCUAGCGACCAGAUCAAGAAGGUCACCAGCACCCUGACGGCCCUUGGUAACGAGAAGAUGAAGGAGGAGAAGGCGGCCGAGAAGGGCGGCAAGAAGUCGAAGGCGGCGAAGACUAAGACUUCGCUCGCCGGUGUCAGCCGCGGUGGAGCGGUAGACCGCGACGUCGCUACAUACGACGAUGAAGCUUUUGACGAUGACGACUUUAUGUGAGCUGUCAGGGCGUCACUCGUGAGAAGAAUUCGCUCGGCAAAAAUAGAAUAAUGCUUCAGUAGCAGGAUAGGCCUUCGACGUGAUUUGUGUGACUACUGGUUGGGUGCGCUGCCACCUGAAUACGAUCGUCAGCGGAAUCUAGGAAACUGAUUCGCGAAGCAGAGCGAGGUUUUGAGGGACGCACACAAAGGGGCAGUACACGCUUACCAGUAGGGGGCUGAGGGCGCUCGGCGUUGGGGGGGAAACCUAACCCAAGGGGAUAUGGAGGUGCUCACAGAGCUAGAGCGGUCGGCAUCGGCCAAUAUAGGGUGAUACCUGCCAGUUGGUACUAGGUUAGAUAGACAUGUGUAGGUACAAGUUGCAUUGAAAUCGAACAGAUUAGCCGUGAGUUGGAAGGUGAAGAAACUUUAAGGCAUAGCUAGGUGGCACUGAGAUCACGGAUAUUGAUGACAAGUCACAUUCACGUGCCCACUCUGCCUCAU